GCAACAAUAACUUUAUUAAAAAUAUUAGGACAAGUUUACAUUGAUUUUUUUACUAUGCAAAUUAUAUUAUAUACUGUUCCACUUUUGACACUAGUCUUGCUUACAAUAUGCGUGGCAGUGGUGGCCGAGCCCAUUGUAGUUGGCUACUAUCCGAGCUGGAAACGGGCCAAAAUGGAAGGCAUUGACUUUAAAAAAUACACACACGUCAAUAUUGCCUUUGGAAUCCCGCGCAACGACGGUUCGUUUACAUUCGAAGACGAAUGGGCGCUGCCGCAAAUACUUCAACAAAUUCGCUCCAACGGCAAUGACAAUGCCAAGGCGCUUUUGUCCGUAGGCGGGUGGACCGGGUCCAACCUGUUUUCCGAUAUUUUAAAAAACAAUGACUCGCGCACGAGGUUGCUUAACAGUAUGGCGGAUUACGUCAAGGAUCAUGGCUUGGAUGGAAUAGAUAUUGACUGGGAGUAUCCUGGUCGCCUGGGCAAUGCGUGUAAUGUGUUUGAUGCACAAAAUGACACCCCGAAUUUUUUAACUUUCUUGCAUGAUUUGCGCGAUAAAUUCGAUUCGCAGUUUGGUGAGCGAAAGAAGCUUAUCACUUUGGCCGUCCGCGUUCAACCGUUUGAUACGCCCAGUGGACCGAGCUCCGAUGUCAGCGAGUUUGCAAAGUACGUCGAUUUUACUAACGUUAUGGCAUACGAUAUCGGCGGUCCAUGGAAUUCUGAAACUGGCGCCAAUGCGCCGUUCAAUUACGAGCAAGGCAAGGGAACACCGCUUUCAUUUGUAUCGUCUAUUGAUGCGUGGACUAAUGCCGGUUGGCCGGCAAAUCAGCUUGUUGCUGGGCUGGGGUUCUAUGGUCGCUCCUCAGUGGCCCUGCAGAAUAUGAUCAAGGAUGCGAGCAACCAGUACCAGUCGCAGUCCCACGAUGUGCCUCUUGGAGAUUCAGAAGACGCACCGUGGUACGACACUUGCGCCAAGACAACGUCAAACUCGGGCACAUGGCAGUGGAGGAAUCUGCGCAGCCAAGGCGUCCUGGUUAAUAAAAAUACGGCGGCGGCACCGUGGGUUCGCCAGUGGGAUCCUGUCACGCAGACGCCGUGGUUAUUUAAUCCCGAGACAAAGAGAUUCCUGUCGUAUGAUGAUCCUGAUAGCAUUAAGAUCAAGUCGGAUUAUGCAGCGUCUAGGGGACUUGCGGGUGUGAUGAUCUGGUCGGCCAAUAUGGACUUUAACAGUGAGCUAGUUGAUGCUGCCAGGUCAUUUGGACGUGAAAGUUCUGAUGGCAACAGCAGCACAAGUGGGAGCUCAUUACCAGCAUCUACUAGUUCCAGCCCGGAAUCUACUUCCAGCAAACCAAAAAAUACCAAGACCAAGACAUCCGCAAACACUCAAACCACCACUUCCACUUCCUCUGGCAUUACCAGCAGCACUACAUCAACAACAAGCGGACAAGCCGAGGAAACUCCCAGCGACAAUGGUUUGUUGCCUGGAAAGCCCUGUUCUGAUUACGGCGAGUACAGGUGCGUUGAUCCCAAUGGCAGAAAUAUGGCGUACUUGGUGUGCAUUGGUACUUGGCAGCAAGUUUCCUGCGCCCAGGGUACGGUGUGUCUGAGCCUCAACAAGUCUAUUAUUUGCGGCUGGCCUACGUUCAAACACUUGAUAUUUGGCAUUGACAGUGCUUUAAACAUUUUCUAACCAUCGACGUUGUGCUUGAUUUUCACAGAUAUAGUAUGAAAACUAUGUGUGUGGUGAUAUCCCGUUUAUUUCCGAAUGUUUUUUGCAUUUUAUUAUUCAAGUUUAUUUUAUUCCCCGGUACAAUAGAAAC